AUGCGAAAGGAAAUGUUUCUCCGCAUAGCGCGAGAUAAACACUCCUUUAACAGCAUUCAACCGUUACCGAAGCACUUUCAAUUUUUCCACAUAGGGGCGACAGAUGCUUCUGGUCGUCCCAGUUUUAACAUUUUCCAGAAAUGCACUUCUGCAAUACGCCAGUUAGCGUAUAGCUAUAAGGCUAAUGCUUUGGACGAGUACUUGCAAAUGGCUCAAAAUACGGGCUACCAGUGUUUAGACGCUUUCUGCAAGUGUGUGAUACACCUAUAUCAAAACGAGUACUUGAGAAGGCCAACAGAAGCAGAUAUCGAGCGGUUAACUGAGCAGGUUCAUGGUUUUCCGGGUAUGCUUGGUAGCAUAGAUUGCAUGCAUUGGGGGUGGAAGAACUGUCAUGUGGCAUGGCAAGGGCAGUACACGCGAGACGACAAGGGGCAUCCCACAAUCAUUCUUGAAGCGGUUGCUUCAUAUGAUUUGUGGAUCUGA